AUGAACAAGAUGAAUCGGAUCCGUCGUCUGGAUCAGAUAGCCCUCAGGAUCGAUCUCGAGAUCGAGGCAUACCGGGCGAAGAGCUUUUCGAACUUCAGCCUAGUUGGUACUGUGCUUCUUCAGCCUGCCGAGGAUGCGAUCGAGGUGUUUGCAUCGGAUGAAUGGCUCGGCUUCGACAAGUACAUCUUCGAUGACUGGAGCCCUCGAAAGAAGGCAGUUGAGGUUCGUCUUAGCCGAAGCAUGAGCAAGGUCUACAUCAAGCACAUUGGCAAGUGGAAGGCCGUGGCUGAGUUUCUGUCUCUGCUCGACCCGGCCACAUCGACCUCUGCUGCCGCUUCCUGGGACGUGCUUUGGGCCUGGUGGAGGAUCAAUGGCAAGUCUUUCAGACUCCUUGACCUCCCACCUGAAGUUCGCGACCUCAUCUACGAGCACUCUUAUGGACCAUGCAUCCAUCCAUACCCUGACUCUAAGACCCGUAGGCUAGGACCUAGAGGGCUGACAUUCAAGGCUGCGCAGUCCGGUCGCGAGCUCCUGAAGAUCAAUGCACAGAUUUCUCGUGAGGCGAGAGAUGUCCUCUUUCUACGAUCGUCUUUCCGGCUGGAGAGAUAUGGACUGAUUGCCCCGUUGCUGCGUAAUCUGGCGCAGCGUAGCAGGAUCCGCCGUCUGGACUUGGCGCUAAGUCAUCGCAACUACUUCAGACUCUUCGGCCUGAAGCUUGCGGGCACGAGACUGUACUACAUCAGUGGAAGAGUACAAGCAUUGAGAUAUAUGCAGCUUACUUCAGUAGCGCUGCACAUCGCGCCACCAUCCUUCGCAACCGAGAGUGAUGACUUCGAUGGAGCAUGCCAGGUCACGGUCACCAAGUGGCUGCUCGAUGUUGCCUGGCGUUGGGUCAGAGGCCACCCAGUGGUCGUGACUGGGUACGUGAAGGAUGGAGAAAAGAGCGAGUUCGAGGCGCUAUGCAAACAGGAGGAAAGGCGAUUCGCGAGCUGGAAACUCCAAAUGCAUGCGAUCGGGGGCGGCACAGCCGAUCUUACGGCGUAUGAUGAGUGGCUGAGUGUUGCUGAUGCUGAUGGAGAGGGAGGUAUUCGACUUGAUGGAGAAUUGGUUGAGGAGUUACCCAAAUACGAAGUGGAAGGCUCGAGCACCUCGAGUCACCUUCCGCCACCUUGCCAUUGUGACGUGCCGUGCACAAUUCAGACUUGGUCGGCGGUAUGA